CUUGAUUUGCAAAAGUCGUCACAAUGUAGCCAUUGCAAGUCUUCGACAGUUGAGCCACAAUGCAUAGCCAGGCUCCGACGGCAGAGAAUAUUGUCCCGUCCAUAAAUGUUAAUGGACUGAGCUACAAGUUUCCAGACGGUACCCUUGGGCUUACCGACGUAUCUCUGGCUCUGCCUGCGGGCAGCAGGACAUUGCUGAUUGGAGCCAAUGGUGCUGGUAAGACGACACUUCUUCGCUUGCUCUCGGGAAAACGCAUGUCACCACCGAACACCGUGCUCAUUUCUGGCAUCGAUCCUUUCACCCACGGUCUCGAGGGCGUAACGUACCUUGGCCUCGAAUGGGUUCUCAAUCCUAUUGUACGAACAGAUAUUAGUGUUCCUGAGUUACUCAAAAGCGUGGGAGGAGACUUCUAUGUGGAACGCAGAGACGAGCUCGUUCGUAUACUAGAUAUCGACGUCCGUUGGCGCAUGCACGCUGUCAGUGAUGGGGAACGAAGGCGCGUUCAGCUUGCCAUGGGGCUCUUGCGCCCAUGGACCGUGCUACUUCUGGAUGAAAUCACAGUAGACCUGGAUUUGCUUACGAGGGCCAACUUUCUUCAGUUUCUUAAAAGAGAGACCGAGGCGAGAUCAUGUACCAUCGUUUAUGCCACGCAUAUCCUAGACAACCUUUCCGAAUGGCCAACGCAUCUGGUUCAUAUGUCGCUCGGCAAGGUUAAGAAGUGGGGAGCCAUGUCAGAGCUUGAAGUAACGAAUGGCAACGUUGGUCGAACCGGCAACAGCAAGCUCGGCGAGCUGGUUCUACAAUGGUUGCAGGAAGAUCUAGAUGAACGUGGGCCACGAAAUCCGGCCUCUGAUGGCAAAACAUAUCAAUCGUAUGAAGGUAAAGGUGGCUAUGGCGCUGAGACAAAGAAGGAAUAGACACAUAGAUGGUCGGCAGAACUUCAACAUCAAGAAAUAUGAAACACGAUACCAUAGAACGCCCAUAACAGCUAGCUUAACACGGCUGUGUAAUUCAACUUUGGCGCUGAGUCGAAGAAGGGGCGUGAGUAGAGCGCCUUCUUCGAGUCCACAGAGAGACUCAACGAUAUAAUGAUGAUGUAGGUAAUUUAUUUUUGAGGCAGGUCUUUGGGAACAAAAGUUGUUGCAGAUACUUCUAGUAAUGUCCGAGUUUCCAAAUCUUGAACCUUGUUUCCUCGUAACGUGGUCUUUUCUGACACAUGAUAGUUCUAGGGACUUCGCCUCAUUCAGCGGCUGCCUUGCUUUUUGAGUAUUUCUCAUUAAUUAAGCACGUCAGGUCCAUACAGCCCCAGCUCCUUCAUGUUGCGUCAUCGACAAUGAACAUGCUGAAAUUUUGGCAUGAAUUUGACUCGCGUGAAUUUUUAUUUUCCCAAUUUUUGUUGACAAAAAUCUACUUGAUAACUCUAUUGGACUCAUACACGCCAUUCAGACAAGAAAAUUAUCGUAUCAUUUGUGCCCAGUGAAUUAUGGCGCAUGUGUAUCCUAUAUCCGUACUUACUACGACCAUGCGACAGUAUAUCUUACAGGAAGGAAAC